GUUUGCGACGAUGACAUACAGUAGUACAUGCAACAAAAUGUAGUCUGUACAAUUGUCAUUUGAUAAAGUCAAUUAAAGUAUAUGUACCAGAUCUAGAGCAAAACAUAUCUAUGAGAUACACAUGCUAUAGCUUAAAUACCUUGUAUACUAUUUUUAAAAAUCAUUUUAAUUUAGAUCAUUCAAAAAUAAUAAAAGCAACAUUUUACGUUUUAGCUAGACGUAGGUUGUGUACAUUGACGUCGCGUCAUUGCGCGACAAAAUCACAUGGGACAUUUAUUUGGACAUUAAGUAUCUUUUCGUUUUCCUAAAUGGACGCGGGAUAAAAUGAAAUGUUGUAUAUUCUAUAUAGUAAAUUUUAUGUACUUUCUGUAAGUUAUAUUCAUUAAAAUAUUCGCGUUGGAAUUAUGCUUAGAAAUAAGACAUAAAAUGGUAGAAUUGUUUAAAAAGCGCGGUAUUUGUAGAAUAAGGACAUUUCACUGGACACCGAUAAAAUCAAUCUACUUCAUGGAUAUACUCAGAAUUUUAUAAUACUGGUAUACAUUGUGCUCUACGAUACAUGUCAUUAUAAAUGUAACAAGCUAGGAUAGUCAACUUCCCCCCUGUAUUAGGCGUGCUACUGGUCAUGAUGAUUUGCAUUUGCAGUCUAUCUACAAACACGGGACACCACUGACAGUUCAACAGUUGAUUCAUCAGGAAGUAUUGAAGUUGCUCUACAUUUCAUAUCUGUACGAUGUUCGUUUUACCUGUCAAACUUAAGAGGAAAUUUCGGAAAUGCAGUUCGUGUGGUUGUGGUAUUUCGUCUGUAGCAGGGGUAGUUUGUGUUUUUAUCCUACUAAAAUUUUGUCAAGCAAUUUUCAGGACACGUGGCGUCUACAGUAUCGAAAUUAAUGACCAAAAUCCUAGAUUACAAUCACCGUCUGCAUGUCCUCAAAAUGGAUCAUCCGUUUACCUUUUCAUUGCUGUUCCAAGUGCUGUAACCAAUUUCAAAGAAAGGGAAUCAGUGAGGAAAACGUGGGGAAAACUAGCCUUAGUAGAUUUUUCCAUAAGAUUGGCAUUCUUUGUGGGAAAUUCCGACGACACAGAAGUAAAUUAUAUGUUGGGGAAAGAAAAUCUCGUGUAUAAUGAUAUUAUCAAAGUAGAUGUUAAAGAGAAAUAUGAGAAUCUGGUUGAAAAAUCUAUAUAUAUGUUGAAAUGGUUGCAUAUGAAUUGUAAUCGCGCAAAAUAUGUCUUGAAAGUAGAUGAUGAUAUCUUUCUGAAUAUACGAAAUCUAUUAAAACACCUGAAGCAGACUACUCCGAACAACUCCAUCAUUGGAUGUAAAGUGAAGAAUACUUCACCAUUCAGAUUCCCGCUUUCAAAAUGGUACAUAUCACGACAGCAGUACAAAGACGAUACAUUUCCAGAUUACAUAAGUGGACCUGCUUACCUCAUUACCGGGGAUAUUCUGUCAGAACUCUAUUUUGCUACAAAACACGUGCCACGCAUUUUCUUGGAGGAUGUUUACAUUAACGGACUAUGCAGACGACAUAUAAAAGCGAGGGCAGAGGGACACCCCGGGUUCAGCUGUGGUUAUCGGGAUGAAGGACCAUGUGGUACAAACUUUAGAUACAAGGUUACAGGGCAUCACUAUUUCCCGGCAGAAAUGGAGAGGAUGUGGAAAGAGCUGAAUGACCAAUGGUACACCUGUCCAUUUAAACAUUCAUAUUGGGUAUCAAAAUUUAUUUACUUCUUUGUGUCAUGAAUUUGGCAGCAUGUAUGUUUGUUUGUUUUUUUUAAACAAACCUACUUAUAUCGGUAAAAAUAUGUUACUUCAAUUUUUGCUGUUUAGAAUGAAUAGAAUAUCAUAUAUAUAAUUCAAUAAAAAAGGUAGGAAAAUAUACAGUUCCUCAAUAAAAAAGCAGGAAAAUAUACAGUUUCCUCAAUAAAAAAGCAGGAAAAUAUACAGUUUCUCAAUAAAAAAAGCAGGAAAAUAUACAGUUCCUCAAUAAAAAAGCAAGAAAAUAUACAGUUCCUCAUUAAAAAAGCAGGAAAAUAUACAGUUUCUCAACAUAGAGGAUUCUAUUUGGAUUAUAUAUAUAUAUAUAUAUAUAUAUAUAUAUAUAUAUAUAUAACUAUCUACAGCAUCUUUUUUCCGUCAACACUUUUCUGUUCAACGAAAACUUGAUCAUCAUUUUCAUGCCCGUAUGAUGUUAGCUAGGUUACUAAAAAGCUUCAUUGCAAUUCAAGUGAAACUUGGUAUAUUUAUUGAACUACUCACUUUUUCGUUGAUCGAAUAAAACGUUAAACAAAUAUGUGAAUGAGUUUCAUUCGAUUCCCAUGGUCAUAAAACUGUUUGGCUUAAGUAAUAUGCACCUUCAAUUUUGUAAAGAUGUUGACUGCAGGAACCAAGUUAUCCUGGAUAAAGAAACUAAUCAACCAUUCACAUAUUAUACAGAAAUAAAAUUUCAAGUUUGUAUAGAAAUAAAAUCAUAAAUUUUCUUAUUCAAUAAUUAACUCAAACUAUUUUGAGUGUCGAAAAAGCAUACAAGGACCAAUUCGUUAUUCAUCUCCACCAGCGAUGUUUAGAAUCACAAAUUUUACAAUACAGCGCCUGUAGACGACACGUGUAUUUUGUUAAUUAACUUUAUUGACUUGUAUUUUAUAUGUUUGUUACAUAUAUGUAUUUAUUUUAGGGAAUCAAACACUGCAGAUACAUGUAGUUCUGAUACUGUCUUUUCUGUAUACAACCGCUUUGUUGCUGUGUGUAUUUUUUCAAUUUUGAUAUCUUAAACGAUUGGUAUAUGUAUGUACAUACAGUUCUUUUCAGUUCGCCUGAGCCGAAGAUUGAAUUGAGCUUUUCUGAUCAAAAUUUGUCCUCUGUCGUCGUCGUCAUCGUCGAUGUUGGCGGUGUUGUUUCAUUUCGUUCUGCAGAACCAUUUUGCCAAUUUCAAUCAAAAUUGGCGCAAAGCACCCUUGGAUGAAAGGGCUUCCAAGUUUGUUAAUUUCAGAACCCAUAUCUCCUUGCAAGGAGAGAUAAUUAAGAAUUUGUUAAAAUGGUGUUGGGUAAUUAAAAAAUCUUCUUCAAGAACCAAUGAGUCAGAAAAGACAAAACUUAUAUGAAAGCCUCCAUAAAGAACGGAUGUUCAAAAUGUUCAAAUCAUCCCCUCGCCUCCAAAGGUAGGGUGGGACCACAUUAAUGAAUCAGUUUUACAAAGGUAGGGUGGGACCACAUUAAUGAAUCAGUUUUACAAAGGUAGGGUGGGACCACAUUAAUGAAUCAGUUUUACAAAGGUAGGGUGGGACCACGUUAAUGAAUCAGUUUUACAUAGGGAUAUAUAAGAAAAUAACUUUUUAAAAUCUUCUGAAGAACAACAGGACAAGUCAUGUUCAUGUGUAAGCAUCCUCAGGCAGUGCAGGCACGAGUAUGCUCAAAUUAAGACCGCGGUGGUUAAAGUGGAGCCACAAUAUGGGAUCAAAGCUUUUUAUUGGAACACAUAGGGUAAAGCUUUUUAAAAUGUCAAGAUUAACAGGUCCAUGAUUAUCAUAUUAGUCCGCAAACAUCAUCAGGUAGUGCAAAGUCAAGUUUGCAAGCACUUCAUCAAAAGUAUGUCGGCAUAAAUCGUUGCAUUCAUACCCUUGUGUUUGUUCAAAAUUUAAAUCUAUUUCUUGAAUAUACGGAAUCACUGUCUAGUUUACGGGUAUGUGGGGUGAUGUUGAAUUUGUGGCUCCCGGAGGUUGAAUGAGGCCAUAAAAGGGAAGUUUUAUAAGGGAACAUAUCGUGGAGAAUCUUUGAAAAUCUUUUACAUGUAACAUUUAUCAUUAUAUAAUGAUUAGUUACGUUAGCAGACAGGCAUCUUAAGGUAGUGCGGAUUCAAAUUUGCGGAAAUCAAUGCCCCCAAAAGGGAUUACAUAAGGGGAUAUAUGUGUAAAAACAAACUUUGAAAAUCUUCUCCUAACGAGUAGCAAGGUCAUGAUUAGUGAUAUUAGAAUGUAAGCCUCCUAAAGUGGUUCAGAUUCAAAUCUAUUCAAAUGCUGGCCUUGAGGGGUGCAGGGAGGUUCUCAGUAAAGGAUCAAAGUUUUACAUAAGAUUAAUUUUUCAAAACAUCGUAUUCUCAAGCAUGGCCAGGAUUAAAGUUUCUUCAAAUCAAAGUCGUGGGGUAGUUUGAACCACAAUACGGAUUCAAAAUUUUACUUAAGAAUGCAUGGUUUGAAAAUCAUUUUAAAAAAAGAAUAUGAACCAUGGGGUUAUGAUGGGGCUAAAUGAAAUUUUACAUGAUUUAUGAAUACCGGGUAGAAUAGGGCAUCCUUAAAUUAUGUGGAUUAAAGUUGGUCUAAAGCAUACAUAUAAUUCAUUUUGGCUCAGGUGUGUUCACAAUAUGGGUUUACAUUUUUCUUGGGAAUAAAGAUAGUUUUUAAAAUCUUCUGAAUAUAUAUGAAAAAUAGAAAAAAAUAUAUCCAACGUUCCCAUAUAUCAGUUAUAACAGUGAAAUUGCAGAAAAAGUCCAUAGAUAUGUAUAAUUUCACACUCAUUCCAAACCAUACUACAAUAAUAUGAACUUUUCCCUAUAUUUACGUAUCUGAUUUUGUUCUACCUUUGAGAUUUUUUCCGAUGUUUUACCUAUACCAAGAUCUCUCUCUUUCUCUCUCUCUCUCUCUCUUAAGCACAGAAAAUUCUCUGUGCUUUAUAUUAGAUAUUUUUCCCUUAGGAAGUUGUGCUUAUUGAAAGAAUUCAUUGCUAGUUCGGUGCUUUAUAUAUAUAUCAUAAAUAAAUAUAGAUAAUUUUAUUUUUAUAUAUUUCUAUAUUAUGUUUGAUUUUAUACUCCUGAAGAAUUGAAGAAUUAAAGAAACUAGUCGAGUAUAUUCAA